AACAAACGGCGACACCUGCUGCUUGCUCCUGGAGCCUAUAAAUGGAGGUCCCAUCAUCCCAAGCCAUGGAAGGCAAAUCCUGACAUCUCCUCCCCCGCCACAGAACCACAAAGCAUGGCUCGCGCCAUGACCGCCACCGCGGGCAACGGAGACGUGUGGGUAGAGAAGGUGGACAAGAUCAGGUACGUCUACAACGCCGUCACCAGGCCUUCUGUUUCCCCUAACCCGAGGCCGGCGACGGUGACGAAGAAGCUGGCCGCCGCCAACGUCGCCAUCUCCAGGAAGAACAGCGGGACGACCCUGGUCCGCGGCGUGGCCUCGCCGGAGGACAUCGACGACUACAUCGCCAGGAAGAAGAGGGAGUUUGCUCUAGGACUGUAGCUCAAGUCGAUUUCAGCCCCCGAUGGCAUGAUCAUGAGCUAGGAUGCUUUAAAUUAACUAGUUAGCUAUGGAAGCUGCCUGUUGCGGUUGUGAUUAUGUAUGAUAUGGAGUUGGUCAUGCUCAUGCAUCAACUUAAUUAGCGUGUGCAUCAUAAGUUCUAAGCAUGUUUCUUCUUCAGGUCUUUGUUCUUUUAUGGCUUGUCUGAAUUAAAUUCUAGUAUCUUCCAAUGGUCAUUUCAGUUUUCUGGAUA